AUGGAUAUGGAUGAUGCAUUUAAUCUUUGUGUUAAAGGGUGUGGAUUUUAUGGAAGGGUUGAGAAUCGAAACAUGUGCUCUAAGUGCUAUAAAGACUUUAUUAUGGAGGAAAUAAUAUGUAAAUCUUUAUCUAAUAUUCACUUGAGUAAUAAUAUUACUAGUAUUACUACUCCGACUUUUAAUACUACUGAUGAGAAUGAUGCUAUUACUAAUUCUCUUUGUGAUCAAUUCAACGAUUUGAAAAUUACAAAAAAUAGAUGUAAGGAUUGCAAUAAAAAAGUUGGAUUGACAGGGUUUUCAUGCCGUUGUGGUAAUCUCUACUGUGGUUGUCAUCGAUUGCCCGAAACACAUACUUGUACCUAUGAUUUCAAGAGUGCUGCUCGACAAAACCUCAAAUUAACUCUCAUUUGUGCUGAUAAAUUGGAGAAGAGACUUUAA